AAACAAUGAAUAUUAUCAUAUAUAUAUAUAUAGUCUUCAAAUAUCAAUCUCUCUCUAAAAUGCCAGACUCAACUUCCUAGCCUUGAUCUUUAAUCUCUAUCUCUUAAUUCCAUGGCCAAAAUUCCCAACAAACCCUUUAAAGAUCAUCAUGAUAAUAUUAAUCAAUAUACAGUUUCCAGUAACAAGGCCAGACUUUCCUCUUCCUCUAGAAAUAAUAAUUUCUUGUGUUGUUUUGGAUUUUCCGGGAAAAGACUUUCCGGGAAAAUAAAUUCCCCUCAAGAAAAUAUAUCAAGUAUUAAUAUUAAUGAUACAACUAAGAAUAAGAAGAAGAAGAUUUCUUGGCCAGCAAGGUUUCGCAAAAAAAGCCCAACUGGCAUAAAAACCGUACCGGUGGAUUAUUCAGACAAAGAUUGGUCGAAACCAAAGUCAAAGUCAACAGAUCCUACCGCCGAAAACUGUUCCAGUGAUAUUCAGAUUGUAGUCCCGGCCGUACACGAUCCGCCCCCAAAGGAAAAAACUCAUCAAGAUCAGGUUCGUAUUAACGGCGGCAACCUCGAAAAUCGGAAACCCUCAAUCUCGGGCCCACUGCAUUCCCCAAAAGGCGACACGGGUCAAAGUCGAUUCUCAUUCAGUCGGAAAAUCGAAGCCAUACGAAACGGGUCGAGUCAACCCGGUUCGCCAUCGAACGGAAAAUCAAAACUCGGCCGAGCCGCCGCAGUCAUGACUCGGCAGCACUCGGAUAUUUUGCCCCUUCCGAUUAGGGAAAGACCACAAGUUGCGCCGACAAAACGAACCGCCGGCGGCAGGAGAUCGGCUCAGCCAGCCGACGCCAAGCGGUUCGAACCGUUAGUGGGUAUGUCGAUUUUGUUGGUGACUUUAGUGAUAAUGGUAUUGUGGGGUCGGGUCUGCGCCAUUCUUUGUACGUCUGCGUGGUUUUAUGUCGUUCCUUGGCUUAGCGCCGCCGUGGGAACCGGCGGUGGAAGAGGAAACGGGUCGGGUUCGGAGGGUUUGGAUCUGGAUUCUGAAGAGUCAAAGAAAAAAGUGGUUUUUGAAGGUUUUCUUGAAAGGAAUUAUCACAGGUUUAACUCGUAGUAGUUUGUUUUUUUAUUUAUUUAUUAUAUUUUAUUUUUAUUUUUAUUUUAAGUUUUGGUUUUGGGGUUGCACAAACAUAAAUAAAUAAAUAAAAAAGAAAAAUAGGAGUGAGCGCAUGUUAGUGGUUGAGUGAGGUGUUUUUGUUAAUUUGAGCCGGGGGUACAGUACAUGAUGGCUUGAUAUGUAAAUUCGUGUAUAAAAUGGAAAAAGAAAAAUGAAAAGUCCAAAGAUCUUCUAGAACUGUUUCAUUUUUUCUUUUGAGAGUUUAGAAAAUGGAAAGAGGACUAUGUAAUUGGAAGAAAAAAAAUAAAUAAACAAAAUAAAUAAUAAUAAUAAUAAUUCAAAUUUAGACA